UGUUCACGCCAAAAAUGAUUAUCAUCCCUACAAAAAGCAAGAAUGAUGAAGUGCACUGACAAAACAGUAUAAGACAGUGCAAAAACCAAAAACACCCAAUCGAUUGAAACUGUGAGAGCAUCCAAUGCUGCCCUAAUUUAAAGUCAAAAUCGCCACAGAAAUUCUGCUCAAUUAACAGUGCUCAGUGAUCAGUUCUGAGCGCUCAGUUCACAAUUUCUUUAAAUUGUAUUGGGCUCUGAGAAAUUGAGGGAGGGGAAAUGGGAGCCGCUGGAAUUUUCUUGAGAUGGGCAUGGUGGGCCAUUUUUCUUGUUUCUGUUUCGUAUGCACAGAAGUGCCCAAGGGUGUUCAACAUGAGCUCCGGAAGCGUGAAAAUGGUUCACUGUAAACAUCUUCCGCAGCUUGGCGCAACGCUUUCAUGGACAUAUCAUGCGGAAACUGGUAUGAUAGACCUGGCCUUCAAAGCGAAGCCACCCAGCGAGAGUGGGUGGGUGGCCUGGGGUAUAAAUCCCACGACCUUAGGCAUGGUGGGCACUCAAGCUUUGCUUGCAUUUCGGCAAAGCAAUGGUAGCAUGUCUGUGAACAAAUAUAAUGUGACCUCCAAGGGCGGCGGAAGUCCUCCGCUUGUUCUUUCAAGCUUGAGUUUUUCUGUGUCCAAUUUUAGCUCUGAAUAUCGCCGUGGGUCAAUCAUAAUCUAUGCUAGUGUUGUUCUUCCUUCCAAUCAGACCCUGGUUAAUCAGGUUUGGCAGGUGGGCCCUACUGUUUCGGGCACACAGCCUGGAGCUCAUGCAUUUGAUGCUUCCAAUUUGAUGAGUUUGGGCCAAAUUGAUCUUCUCAAGGGCAAGAUCCCUCAAGGUCCUGCUCCAGCACCUGCGCCUGUAGGAGGGGGUUUGAGUCCUUCUGGGUCUCCUUCUUCUGCUGCUACUGCGCCUACUGGAACAAGCGAUGCCAAUGCACAGCCUACUGGUUCGUGGAUUUCAUUGACUGCCAUUGCUCUGAUUGCAGCUGCUUUUACCUUUUGAUAGAGAUCUGAAAACCCUUUUUGUCAGUUUAGUUAUAGAGAGGAUCAAUAAAGUUAUUCAAUUUGUAAGUGCUUUAGUGUGGAUUUAUAUUCAAGAGUUAAUUUAUUUGUGUUUAAAUCUUACAAUGGCAUUGUGCAUGUGAAAAAUUCUAGCCUCACUUGCGCACCCUGGUGUGGUGUUAGUAUUUUGGCUUGGAUUUGCAUUUACAAGUAAUUUGGGUGAUAGGAUUUUGACCUGGAUAUAUAUUUACAAGUAAUUGGGUUUUAGUAUUUUGCCCUGUAUUUAUAUGUAAUUCGGUGUUAGUAUUCUGACAUGAAUGUUUUGGCCUGGAUUUUCAUCUA